AUGUUGAUUCCCGACCAAGGACCGGCGGGACAACAAUUGAACGAUGAGACGCUCGAUGCGGUGUGCUUGCACGUCAUCGAUCACGUGACGAGGACGCGAAAUCGCGUGAUGAAGAAUAACGAAUCCCUGGCGAAAAAGGCAAAGGCGGGCGUCAAAGUGAUCGAAGACGACCUCCCUCGCGAUCAAGGCUUCGUGCGACCGACAGUGUUAUUUUUAACCCCGAUGCGUAACAUCGCCGGUCGAGCCAUCAUGCGCUUGCUCGAGCUGUGUCCGGCGGCGCACGGCAGAAACGACGCGGUGGAGGACGAACACGGAAACAAGAAGAAAAAGUACAAGCCGUUUGUUCCAGACGAUCACAAGGCGCUGUUCAAGGGUAACACCGACGACCACUUCCGACUCGGUUUGAAGCUCACGAAGGCGAGCGUGCGCUUGUACGUCGAUUUCUUCGGCGCGGAUAUCAUCUUCGCUUCGCCUCUCGGGAUCGUCACCGCGUUACAGGAUGAAAAAUCCGCCGCGGAUUUCUUGAGCGCGAUCGAAAUUUUGGUCAUCGAUCACGCGCACGUGAUUCAGAUGCAGAAUUGGGCGCACGUCGCCACGCUCGUCGACGCCACGAACGCGCUUCCCAAAGACACGCGCGACUGCGACAUUCAACGCGUGCACGAGUCGCACUUGAACGGUCACGCGCGUCAUCUCAGGCAGACGAUUCUGUUAUCGGCGUUCCAAACCCCUGAAAUCAACGCGUUGUUCAACCGCCGAUGCGUCAACUUCGAGGGCAAAGUCCGAUUCCGCGCCCCUCAACGAGGCGUCCUCGGCAAGCUCGCGGUGAAGACGCGUCAACAAUUCGAGCGCGUCGCCAUGAAAGCCUCCGACGUCGUCGACGCCGACGACAUUCGGUUCAAGUACUUCACCAAGAAGGUCUUACCGCGCAUACGUGAAAACCCCGAGCCAGGGGUCGUGAUCUUCGUCAGUUCGUACUUUGACUUUGUCCGAGUUCGCAACUUGCUCGUCGCCGAAGACGUCUCCUUCGCCGUGAACAGCGAGUACACCGAGCCUCGCGAAGCCGCUCGCGCUCGCACCUUAUUCGCCGACGGUCGCAAGCGCGUGUUGCUCCUCUCCGAGCGCGCGCACUUUUAUUUCAGGCGUCGAAUCAAAGGCGCCCGCGAGAUUUGCUUCUACUCCCUCCCCGAGCAUCGGGACUUUUACCCAGAGCUCGUCUCUUACUUGGCCGGAUCGUCCGCCGCCGCGAGCGCGCGCGCGACCGACGCCGUCGCCGGCGCCCCCGUCGUCGGUCACGUCGCCGGCGUCGUCGCCUUAUUCAGCAAGCUCGACGCCUUAAAGCUCGAGCGCAUCGUCGGCUGCGCCAGAGCGCGCAAGAUGAUCGACGACGACGAGCGUCCGAUGUUUCUCUUCGUCUAG